GGCAGCCAUGCAGCAGCUGCCGGGCGUGGAUGGCUCCACCGGACGUGUCUACCUGCGCUCCAUGGUGCAGCAACUGGCGGAGCGGCAGCACACGCAGGAGAGCCUCCAGCAGCUCCGCGCCAAGAACGACCUGGGCCACUCCACCUGUGGCCGCCAGCGGCGAUUUAUGGCCGAGAAGCGCAGGCCAAGUGGCAUGCCCAACCCCUCCAAGGAGGACACUGACCCCUGCUGCUUCGAAGCUACCGCGCUCCGCCGCGCCGACGCGGACGACGCGGAUGAAGAUGAGAGCCUUCAACGGCAACGGUUGGAGUUUUCAAAGGACUUGCCUCGCAGCCUUCGGAAGAGCUUGGCCAAGAGGUGACAACGAUCUUCGGCGACCGCCGGGCCGUUUUAUCUUUGCCCUUUGUGC